CAGGAAUCCUUCAAUAACGUUCAGUUCGAAGUAGACGUUGAAGAAGACCAAACAGAACGAAAUCUGGGUGGAGAAGAAACUACUGUGUUUCAUCAGACAGCUUCAUAGAAAAACAUCAUGCCAACCAAGACUUGCACAACUGGCAACUGCCCCUUGAAGAAACCAAAGGCCAAGCCAAAGAAACCAUCUACAAACAAAACUGCUUCAAAGCCAAAAAAGACCACGAAAAAAUCCUCAAGGAAGAUGCAAUGCGAUGGAGACAUCAGCAGUGACUGCUCAUGCUCAGACUGUUCAUCAUGCUGCUCCUCUGAUUGCUCCUGUUGCUCAUCAGAGAGUGACAUCAGUUUUUCAUCAGUUUCCUCAUCAGAGUGUGCUCUUCUUAAUUCCAAGGCUCGGGGUAAAUCGUCCUCCAAAGGCAAGAAAUCUGCCAAGGAUAAAAAGCCCUCAACCAAGUCCGCAUCCAAACCAAAACCUUCAAAGAAGGUCCCUUCUGGUUGUAGCUUGAAAAAAUAAUGAUUCCAUUAGAAACUAGGUUUAGGUAGGGUUGAGCGUUAAGUUUUAAAAUUGCCUUCAUGGCCUCAAUAACCUCAAUGACCUCAUAGAUCAGGAUUCCCCACCCACAACUGAUA